AUGUCAACUACACUCAGCUGGUUGAGCUUCACAGGAAGUACGCUGAUCAGGGUUUCUGCAUUCUUGCCUUUCCUUGCAAUCAAUUUGGAAAUCAGGUUUGUUUGUGCUUUGGAAAUGUUUGCCAAAAUUUACAAUUUAGUGCCACAAAUUUCCCCAGAACAAAUGUCCCUUCAUGGUGAACCUGGAACUGAGGCGGAAAUUGUGAAGUUUGCAGAAGGCUUUGGAGUGCAGUUUGACAUGUUUGCAAAAAUUGAAGUGAAUGGAGGAAACGCUCAUCCUUUGUGGAAGUGGCUUAAAGAACAAAAAGGAGGAUUUCUUGGGAGGACUUUGAAAAGGAAAUUCAAAAGCUGCUGUAGAGUGAAGAAGCUCACUGUUGCUGCACUCAUAUUGAGCAGUUUGUGUCAUUGGGAAGAAGUUGUUUGAUGAUGGGUUGGCUUGAAAAGCGCUCCUUGGCUUGGGCUGUACUCUGAUGAAGCUGUGUAAUGAUGGCUGACUUCCGUCCAAUGAUUCAACUGCUGAUUUGACAGCGAUGUACUUGAAAUGUUCUUCACUUGGUGUUGGAUUGUUUGUAUGUGAAAUGAUGAUGUGAUAGAUGUCGCCCUCCCCCUUUCUUUGAAACUCAACUGGGCAUUUAGGAUGCGGGUACAAUAUUUUAUUCACGUAGACGUCGGAUCUUCUCUUGCGCAUAAUGGCGUAUUUAUUAUUAUUAUUGUUUUACUUUUGGCUGCAGCCUUUAUUUUUUGAUAAAAUAUGUUCCUUCUGGUUGUUUGUGUCAAGGUACAGGUCAAAUUCCUUUAUGGAAAAUGACACGAGUAAUUUUUCUUGCAACGAAUUUUUAUGAUGAGUUUUCAUUAUAACUGGUUUUUUAUUCUGAAGGAUUUUGACAGUGGAACAAUGUUCGUAGUAAAGGAUAUUUCGUUCCACCAUGAGUUUUAAUUUUGAGACGUUGUUUUUAUUCCAAAGGAUUCUCCAGUGGAUCAAUUUCAUAAUGUGUGAAGAAUAUUUCAUUGCAAAGGAUUUUCAUUGUUACGAAUUAUUCAUUGAAAUAAAAUUUCCUUCGUGAAAAGUUGCUUGUUAUGACUAUGUUGUCAUGAAAUCAAAUUUAUUCAAGGUCCUGACCAAAACUUGCCAGACAAUAAUGUUGAAGAAAUAUCGUGUUAGUAGAAUUUCAGUGCAACUAUUUUUUUUGACAGAAUUUUUUGAGUUUUCUACUACUCAUUGGAAUGAAAACAAUAUUUUAGAAAGUUCUUCACUGUCAUGCAUUGCGUUAUUCUGCUGGAAAAUGUUGAUUUGUGGAGCUGAGAUUCGAUUCGAAGGAUUUGAUGUCUUAUUUUAGAAUAAAUCGUCACAAUUUUAAUAAGAAUCUCAAAACAACAAAUUUCUUCAUUAUACAAAAUCUUUCUGUGUACCUGGACGUUAUUUUUAACAAGCUUUGACCUGUACUUCAAAUAAAAAUAAUUAACCUUUAUGUUGGUAUCAUCCGAUUUCAAGAUACUGUAUGUGUACCUGAAAUGAUUCUUUUUUGUCAAUUUCUCCUUCAGACACAGGAUUUUUAGAUCAUGACCUUGUCCAUGUAUGUGAGCGUUAGUUUUUUUCAACGAAUGUUUCAUUAUUACCGCAUUUGGGAGAAUCAAUUAUAUUUAAAUUCGUUCAAUUGGAAGA